AGUGAUGAAAGUGCGAGUGAUACUGUGGAUAAUCCUCGCGUUGCUGAGGGGACGUUUUCUAACAUUAAGCAGAGAUGGACACCUGUGGCUUUGUGACAGGAUUUGGCGGCCGCCCAGCUUUUCCUGCUCACGAUUAUGACCGAAAACAAACAGAGAGGAAAAGCCUUUUGUUUGCUUGCAGACUACUUUUUUUUUGUCCCCUUCCACAUACAGCUUUGAAUAUAGCUCUGUCUCUUCGUCUGCGUGUGUGUGCGUACUCCGCCGCUGUGUAUAAUUGGAUCUGUCCGCGCCGCGUAAAGAGGAUAUGAGAGGUUAUUCUAGCAGAAACCAGGAAGUGAACAUGAGCGGCCUCUCCACCGACAGGAAGCCCCUCGUGGACUACGGCGUUCAGAUCCGCUUCAUCAAAGACCUCCACGACACGGGCGGAGCUUACCCCGACAAAGCCAAGGGAAACAACAGCGCGGCGACUCCUCCUUCCAACAAAUAUGGCGUGGCGGUUCGGGUUCAGGGAAUCUCUGGACAGCCGUACGUGGUCCUCAAAGAUGGAGAGAAAGGCGACUCAUAUGGAGUCCAACUUAAAACGCCCACUCCCAGCUCGGGGCCAACUUCACCAGUUAACAGCCUCCCUAAGACUAAGAAAGAACCAACGGACUUCACAAACCCUUAUACCCCCGUUGGGAAUACAUCACGCUCACCUGUAUCUCCAGCAGAGGAUGAGGACGGGGAACUCUUUGGGAGCCCUCUAAAAAGACCUCCUGGGGACGGGCAAGCAGGAACCCAAGGGGAGGAGGAAGGUGGAGCUGGGAGAGACAGGCCAGUAGAGAGGCCUAAGGCUGAACCUCAGCUUAAAAAAGCAGUCGGUGAAACGGUGAAAAGUAAAGACUGGACCAAUAACGAGGGGUAUAACGAAGCAGGACUCAAACCUGUCAAAUUAAAGUCAGUGGGACCCAGAGGGUUCAGGCAAGUUACCCCCAGUUUCACCGGCUCUUUGGGGAGGUACAGUGGCAAGAAGCUGAGCGCAGAUCCCUCUUCAUCAAUCCCAGAACCUCCAGCAGCAGCGUCCACCGCAGCAAAGCCUGCCCCAGAGCCUGCCCCAGAGCCUGCCCCAGAGCCUGCCCCAGAGCCUGCCCCAGAGCCUGCCCCAGAGAUCGACACCAAGUCCUUGGCUCCCAUCAACAAGCUCAUCAGCAAGUUCAACAGCGGGGCUCCGGAGAGCGCCCCGCAGACCAGAGGACGCUCAGGGGCGAGGCAGCGCCUCAGGUUUGACGAGCGCAGGAGGUCCAGAAGUCUCGAUGCCCGCAAAGAUCCGCAGCUGGAAGGGUCCCUCCCCUCUCCCAUUUCUCCGUUUCUAAAUCCCUACGCUGACACUCCACCUACCCCGACAAAUUCACUGAUGUCAUCUGCUCCGGCGAGCGGUAGCCUGGGAAAGAGCCCUGCAUCUGUUGCCAAGGUGACAGCCACCGAGGCCCCAAAGGCGAGCCAGAGAAAGUCACCAGAGAAGUUUGUUGCCAAGGACACCCCUCCAGCUAUAGCAAAAAAGCCUGAGAUACUUCCAAGGAGCUUCAGUCAAAACAAAGAGGCCGUUAAUGGGGAAGAGGCUCAAGUCAAACAAGCCAUCUAUAACAUCCUCAAAGAAGGCACCACUGAGAGUGAAGGAUCCCUCAAAAGAAAAGCCAACCUUGUGUAUGACACAACCAGCAGUUUAAAGAAGGGAGGAUCGGAUGGAGGCCUCAAGAAGGGGAACCUCGAUGAACUUCAGGAGCAGCUCAAACUCUGCAGGAGAGACUUGCUGCAGGCCCAUGAUGAGCUGGCUGUGGAGCGUAUGGCCAGAGGAAAGGCAGAGACUCGUCUGCACCUACAGGAAGAUCAGCUGGCUGAGCUCCAGGAAGAGCUGAGGAGGGUUUCAGAAAACUCGCCGUCCUCAGACUCUCAGUCGGACGUGGCGGUCCUGAGGGCCGACCUGGCCGAGGCCACCAUGCUGCGCCAGCGCCAAGAGGAGAUACUACACCAGCGAGAGCGGGAGCUGACGGCCCUGAAGGGAGCGCUGAAGGAGGAGGUGGAGUGCCACGACAAGGAGAUGGAGGCUCUGAGGGAGCAGUACGCCCAGGACAUGGAGAACCUGAGAAGAACCAUGGAGCAGGUCACACAGUCGCAGGAGCAGAUAGAGGAGGAGAGGGAGAGGGUAAACGCCUCCGUAUUGACGCUGGAGGAGGAGCUGGAGAGCUGCAGAGAUCAGGGAGAGCAGUGGAAGACGGAGCUGGACGCCACCUCCCAAGAUCUCCGCCACACCAGAGAGGAGAACGGGGGACGCUCCAACCGUCGAACGCUGUCAAAAUGUCGUUUGGAGAAGGAAGAGUUUGAAGGCGCUCUGAAGGAGCUUCGGAAACAAACGCCCGAUGAUAGCCGUUCUUUAGCAGAGGAGCUUCGGCGUUGCCGUGACGACCUGAAGCGGGCCCGCGCCGAUCUGGACAAACAAAAGGCCGAGCUGGACGGGAAAAAUGAGGCACUCGAAGCCCUGAAGAAGGCGAGCGGAGAGAAGGAGGCCGAGCUCAAGUCCGAGAUCGGGAAACUGAAGGAGCAGUCGCAGAGGGACAAGGCUGAGCUGGAAAAGGCCAUUGAGAAGGCAAAGGAGUCAUCGGCUGGGCCCACGGGGAAGACGGUGGUGGACCAUGGAACCAACCUGGACCUGCAGCAGGAAAACACUCGGCUCAGGGAGAGGUUGAGCCGCAUGACAAGGCUUCACUCCAGCUUGCCCCUGAGCUCGGAGGACACGGUGGAAGCUCUGGAGGACGAGAACCGCUCCCUGAAGACGCAGCUGGAGGAGGCCAAGAGAGGGGCCACCCGCCUGGGCAAGGAGAGAGACGAGCUGACCCGGCGGCUGGAGGAGAGAGACCUGGAGAGGGAGGCGCUGAGGAGAGGCAAGAGCGACCUGGAGGAACAGAAGCGACUCCUGGACCGAGCCCUGGAGAAGAUUAACAAAGAGAUGGAGAUGAUGAUGGGAGAUUCUCGUCAGUCGGUGGCUGCCCUGCAGACGCAGCUGGAGGAGUACAGGGAGCGCUCGAGGAAGGACCUGCAGGAGGCGCAGCGCAACAGCAAGGACAGGCUGGCCGAGCUGCAGAGGGCUCAGAACAAUCUGAAGGCCCAGCAAGAAGAGGUUUCCCGUCUGAAGAAGGAGCUGCUGGCGUGCAGCGAGGACAGAGACAGCGCCCAGCUGGAGCGGGACCUCCUCAACAACCGCCUCAAACACUUGGAGAGCGAGCUGGAAUCGGAGAAGAGCACGCACACCGAUCGCACCCGGGAGAUCAGAGGUCUGGAGGAUAAACUUAAAACAAUGGAGAUCGAGCUGGACGAGGAGAGGAGCAACGUGGAGCUCCUGAACGAUCGCAUGAACCGGACCAGAGACCAGGUGGACCAGCUCCGGUCAGAGCUGAUGCAGGAGCGAUCGGCGAGACACGACCUGGAGAUGGACAAGAGCGCUCUCGAGAGACAGCUGAAGGAGCUGAAGUCUCGCAUGGCGGACAUGGAGGGACAGAGUCGGCCCUCACCUGGAGUCACCCUGCUGGAAAGCAAAGUUCAGGAGCUGGAAGAGAGACUACGCAGUGAAGAAAGGGAGAAGGCCGGUAUCCAGGCAUCUCACAGACGAACGGAAAGAAAGCUGAAGGAAGUGACGGCCACGCUGGACCAGGAGAGGAUCCAGCAUGUUGAGCAGAGAGAUCAGCUGACCCUGCGAGUGAAGGCCCUGAAGCGGCAGGUGGACGAGAGGGAGGGGGAGGUGGAGCGCUUGGAGGGCGUCCGCCGCAAGGUUCUCAGGGACUUUGAGGAGCAGCAGGAGGUCCAGGAAGCGCUGCAGGCCAAAGUCAUGGCGCUGGAGAAUGAAGUGAAGCGGAAGUCACAGCCGACACUUCGCACCGCUCUGAGCUCCUCGGCUUUAAGCUCAGAGGAAGAGGACUAUGACACCAACUUCUCCUCCAUCCUGAACGACAGUCACCCACAGACCAGCAAGUGCUAGACGGAGGCGGCACUGAACGGCCCACACUCUUUUUUAUUAUCAUUAUUAUUAUUUCAGUGUCAUUUUUCAGUCCCAUCAGAGAAAAAUAUACCCAGCUCCGCUGAGCCCCGUUGCCGAGCCUGACAAACCCUGCCUCGCAGUUGUUCUUGGUUUUAUUUUUAGCGCGGGAGGCCAGCAGAGACACGUUGUCAGGAUAAUUAGAUUGCAUUUUUUGAGCCUUCAGCUGUGAUUGCUUGGCUACUGUCACGUUUUGUCUGAUAUUUUUCAUUUUGCUCCCAGUCCGCGAGAGAAUAGUGCUUCAGCUUGCUUUAUGUUUUCAAUUAGGUUUAUUACGACAAUAUUUAAGCUCAUUACCCUAGCAUGGUUCGUGUUCAGGUCAUGCAGGAGGAUUUGCAAAUCCCUUCUAAACCAAAAAACACAUUUUCCUUAUCGCUCUUAACUCUGUGUUUGCCUGUGCAUGUUGCGUUAUAUCUGUCAAGUGUUGUUAUCGAGUGUUCUUUUUUUGUUGUUUGUUUUUUUUACCAUUGAAUGUGAUUCUUAUGGGCCACUUUAUGUGCCUGUAUGUUUACACUGUAUUAGCUGUGCAUCCCUGCUACUCGAGACAAUCAAAUCACACUGUACGUAACAUCCUCAGAAAUCCAGCCCUAUAACGUUUUUCUACUUAACCAACCAUAUUCCUCACUUUAUUUGGUAUCCUGGGGCGUAUUCAUGUGCACGUUUUCACUCAAAUGCCUUAAAAAAAAAACGACUUUUUUUACAUGUCGCUGCUGCAUGCGUUCAUAAUCAGCCGCUGCAAUGAAUUAAUAGUGUUUUAUUAUGCUUGCCCGUGCUUGCGUCUCUUUCUGUACAUUCCUGCUGAAAGACUCUUUAGGGUACAUUUGGAAGCCCUCCACGUUUCUCCUCGCUGCAUCUGCCCCGUUAGGAAUCUUAAUUACAAUCUUCCCAUGAUAUUUAAACCGUAUUUUGGACGUGUCACUUUUCAACUUUGUACUGGGGCGAUUACAGAUAAGGAUGUGGUUGAACUUACAAUGUGUUUAUUAAGCUGCUGGGAACAUUUCAUACAAAGCUUCCCAGAGUUUUUUGAGUUUUUUUUUUUUUUUUUUUUGGAAAUACAAUUACAAUAAAAAGAGGAAUGUG